GUUAACAUCACCUACAUUUACGAAUCGAACAAACCAUCUGUUGGUUAAUUAGGCGAAUAAUUGGAGCAUUUUUUGUGGUUUUUGUGGAUGAUAUACACAAAAACUUUGAGCAAAAUAGAACGACGAUGAAAACAAACAAAUUUAGUUUGCCAAUAGCAUCAUACAUGCUUGAAACAAUCGAGUAUCUACAAUAUUCAAAAUCGAAUUGAACAAUGUUGGAAUGCUUUGAUUUUCUUUUUUCAAUGGUGUCUGGUCUCUUUGGCGGUGGACAAUAUACAGAGACAAACACUCACGGGUUCGAAUACCAAUUUGGUGGAGGAGGUUAUCCCAAUGGAUAUCCACCAUUCGGUGGGAAACCCCCAGCUGUCGGAAGACCAGGAUUAUGCUACGGUGGCUUUGGUGGAAUUGGUGCAUAUGGCGGUGGCGGCGGUUAUUACGGUUAUAACUAUGGCAUCGGUCCAUAUUAUGGAGUCCCGUAUGGUCGUUAAUUGUACAAAUAAAUGUUGAUCGAUUGUGUUUCUUUACGUCUUUUAUAUCCAUUGUUAUUGUCAAAUAAAUAUUGUUUUCACGCAUCA